AACAAAAAGAAAGACAAUACGGUUUUUUGAAGUUGGUAAAUCGAGUUCUUUAAUUGGUAACUGAAAUUCGAUUUGUAUAUGGCAAAUUUCAAGAAUGUUACACAAAUUGCUUCACCGAAAUGAUAAGACAAAUCGAAUAGGUUAAUGUCUUUAAAAUAAUGAACUUUCAUAAUAUGAUCUCGACGUAUUGUUUGGUCGAUAUGAAAGCGUUCAACGCAGGAUAAGCUUCAAACACGCUGGCACAAACACAUCAGAAAAUUGCGCGGAACGAUUUAACAAGUGUUUUCGAUUAACAACAUAGCGAGAAUUGUGCAAACGCUUCAGAUAGUCACAAUUAAUACACCAUGCCGCCAAAACGGAAAAAAGAUGCCAAGAAGAUGGACCUCGAGCCUUUACCAACAAUUGAGCCGGACAUCCCGGAAAUGAUAGAAUCGGAUGAACCACCGAGGCCAUUGGUGUCGAUGGUCACAGGAGAGCCAUUUGGGCCACGAGUCCAGCAAAUUGUUGAGAAAAUGGAAGACGAAAGCUCGGACGACGAACCCGAGUCCGAAAGCGACGAGGAACUGAAACGAUUGACGGAAGAUCUAUCGGAAGUGCCUUCGGAAUUCUGGCACAUACAAAAGCUGAUCAGAUAUAUGAAAGCAGGCAAUCAGACUGCCACUUUGGUGGCGCUUUGCUUGCUGAAGGACUACGACCUCGAUAGUAGGAUCAUUCAACGAGCCAUCCAAGAAAUGGGGGGCUUAGAGAUUUUGGUGAAUCUUCUCGAAACCACGGAUUUAAAAUGUCAAAGCGGUUCUUUGGCGGUGUUGCUGCAGAUUGCGAAAUCCUCAGAGAUGCGACGAUGCUUGAUCGAUCUGGGCAUCGUAUCACCCUUGAUCCAAAUGUUAAAACAUCCAGCUAGAGACAUACAAAUCCUGGCUGCAGAGACCAUGGCGAUUAUUGCGCAAAUAAGGAAAGCGCGCAAGCAAAUACGUCUUCGAGGCGGCGUGCCGCUUAUUCUGGACGUAAUGGACGUACCCGACUCUAUUCUCCGUCAGCCUUUCGACACCUCGAACGAAGUUAACAAGGAAUUAAUGUCGGUCGCGAUAGCUUGCGCGAAGGUGUUGGACUCUCUGAGCAGCAGUCCUAAGAUAAAAGAGGAGCUUCGCAAGCACGGCGCGGUUAAAAUUAUGGAGCGUUUCUUGAAAUCGAAACACACCUCGUUGGUGAUACCCAUGAUGGGUUCUGUUCAACAAUGCGCAGUCAUGCCAAUUUUCCGAGACGCGUUCGAAGAGACGAGCAUCAUGUACUCGGUGGUGCAUCACUUGAAGAACGACGACAUCAAAUUGAAAGAGAACUGCGCCCUAGCGAUAUUCAACUGCGGCCCGAACAAGAUUGCGAGGGACAUAGUUCGGGAGACAAACGGUCUGGACAUACUCUGCAAAUUAGUUAAAUGUAAAGAGGUUCAGGAGAACAAGAGUCUCUUGGCAGCGGUCACCGGCGGAAUUUGGAAAUGCGCGAUAAGCCCCGAGAAUGUGGCGAGAUUUAAUCAAAACGAUUUGGUGGCUUCUUUGGUCACGUUCCUAGAGGAAUACGAAGACGAAGAUGUACAAGUAAACGCUGUAGGGGCUCUGGCAGAAUGUUGCAAGGAUCCUGCGAAUAGAACCAUCCUCAGAGUGAACGACGGUCUACCGAAACUUAUCAGAUUGUUAACGUCCACGCACGAGCCUCUACUGGAGAAUGUACCGCUGGUGUUGAAGGAAUGCGCGCAAGACGAAGAGUGCAUGGACAUCAUCAACGAUCCGGAGCACGUUCUGGAUGGCGUGCGGUUGAUCUGGUCGUUGCUGAAGCAUCCCAGCGACAAAAUCAAAAGAAAUGCUUGUCUCGCGUUGGUCCCUUGCAUUAAAUACGCGAAAGACUCGCCGGAAAUGGUGCGGGCGUUUGUGGGCGGACUAGAACUUACGGUCAGCCUCCUCAAGAGCAAAGACACCGAAGUUCUGAGCGCGGUUUGCGCUACCAUCGCCGAAAUCGCGACCGAUCCGGAAAAUCUGGGCAUUCUUAGCGACCACGGCGUGGUGGAGGAACUGGCGAAGCUCGUGUUAACGGAAGAUGAAAGUCUACGCGCAAACUUGACUUUGGCUGUAGCGUAUUGCAGCGAAUGGGAAGAAAAUAGUUACAAGUUUGGCCAAUUAAAUGCGGUUGCGCCGCUUGUUAAAUACAUGUCCAGCAAAAAUACAGACGUUCUCAGAGGCGUUUGUAUAGCGGCGUACCAUUUGAGCAAAGAACCCUCGAAUUGCAUUACCAUGCACUCGUCUGGCGUGAUAAAGCAUAUAUUGCGUUUGGUUGGAUCCGACGAUCCAGAAGUGCAGAUUGCUGCUGCAUCUACGAUUCGAAACAUAAGGAAGCUUGCGUUGACAGCGGAGAAGUUGAACCUUAAAGAAAUAAACACGUUGGAGGAAACAGAUUUUCUCCUGUAAUUCAAAAACGGCAUUUAAAAAUGAAGAAUACCAGACAACGGAUUGGAAGGAAAUGUAAAAACAGAGAUAGUGGUAGAUUUUUAAUAAAGAACAGUAUUUACAUA